AUGAGACUCACCGUCGUUACCUCCAUUCUCGCCCUCGGCCAACUCGGCCUCGCCGCCGCAACACCCCAGACCGUUGAUCUCCAGAUCAUCGACAGCGGCUGCAGGCCUUACCAAUCUCCAGGAUGCUGUGUUCCCAGCCUCUGUCAGUGCCGCGAUGGCCACUUCUAUCUCUUCAACGCGGAGAACAAGAAAGCCGGUGGCACAGGCUGUAACCCCCCGUGGGGAUUCCUGGGUGACACGAUCGCAGAUGUUGGUGGAUAUUGCUGUUGA